AUGACGAUAAUGGAGUUCGACGAGUAUUUGAUUGAAUUAGUUCGUUCUCAUUCAGAACUGUAUAAUAUGACUGAUAGGAGAUAUAAUGAUUCCGUAUGGAAAGAAACACUGUGGAAGGAAAUUGGAGAAGAGGUGGGGCGUCCAGGCCCUGAAUGCAAGCGACGAUGGGUGUCACUGAGAGACCAAUUUAGAAAACGUGUUAUUAAAAAAACAAAGAGUGGACAAGCUGCCAUACCCAAGAAGCCAUGGAAGUAUGAGGAGAUUAUGGCUUUCCUGCGCCCAUACAUGCUGGAGCGGGAAACAGUUUCUAACAUAACUGCUGAUAUUUGUUCAGAGGAUGAAUCAAACGAUAUUGCUGUUGCUGUCUCCCAGUUGCAUGGCCCAUCAGACGCCGCGCCGCCCACGUUCGCCUUCAUGAGGGUCCUGGCCUCAACGCCUGGGGCACGUACAUUCACCGUCGUGCAGCCAUUCACCCUCACAGCCCACGCCGCUGCUACGAUCGUACCGCGCGAGUGUGCCCCUGCGAGUCACAGCCAUCACCCCAUCCCCCGCGUCAUGACAUGA